CUAUCGAUAGGGGGCAAAAUGUAAACAGGAAAAAAAUAGAGAAAAAUACAAACAAUACAGACAGGAAAAUAAGCAGCGCGUGCCUGGCAGAGAAUUUUUCAUCACCAUAGAGGCUCGGAAAAGGGAAAACUGUUAGCGGGGAACAGAACAAGGAGGAGCGACGCACAAAAGCGAGUCGAGAGACGCGAGACGAGUCGAGACGGAACAAAUGGCUGCGGCCACCAACAACGAUUCCUCCACCUCCGGCGUGGAGGCGGCCAAGGAGGAGGUGGAGAUGUCACCCGUGUCCAUGGCCCUUACACGCUCCAUGCCAAUGCCCAUGCCCGCGUCCAAGGGCAUCAUGAUCACGCCGCCGCCGCCGGUGAUGCCGCCCACGCCCACCUCGUCACCCAACACGCACGGCGAGUGGCCUCACAUGAACUUCAACCUGAACCUAAACCUCAAUCUGAACAUGAACAUGAAUGUGAACGUGAACCCCAGUGCGAGCGCCGGCAAUCCGAGCACGAAUGCAUUCCAGCUGACCAGAGACCGGGGCGAGCACUUUGCGCUGCCGCACCUGCCGCCGCUGCCGCUGAACCCCAACGCCCCAAAUGCCGAGUAUCUGCCCAGCCUGAUCCAUCCGAGCACUUUGCCCUCGGGCAGCAAGAGCUUCAAGAUGCGUCCGCGAAUGCAGCGUUUGAAGCAAUACUGCAGCUACAGCAACAUCCUCACCCAGUCGAACGGCCGCAAGCUGCGCACCGCCGCCUCCACCUGCAACAUUGAGCUGCUCAACCGCAUCUUGGAGGCGGGCGCCAAUCCCAAUGCCGCCGACGAGUACAAUCGCAGUCCCCUGCACUUGGCCGCCUGUCGCGGCUACAUACCCAUCGUCCAGCAGCUGCUCAAGUACGGCGCCAAUCCCAAUGUGGUCGACUCCCUGGGCAACACCCCGCUGCAUUUGGCCGUGAUAUCGGCCAGCUCCAACAACUUCAACAUCGUGGUCGGCGUCCUGCUCCAGGGCGGUGCCAGUGUCCACAUGUACGAUCGCAGUAACAAGUCACCGCUGGAGCUGGCCGAGGCCAAGCUGAGAUUGCUGCGCAAUCGCUAUGAUCAUCCCACGCCGGAGACGGCCAAGAUUCUCGAGGACAUGUGCAUGCUGACCACGCUGAUCUUGCGCUACAUGGUGAAGCAGCAGCGCGAGCUGGAGGAUCUCUCGGCGCUGGAGAAGCGUUUGCAAAACCUAAGCACCAGCGACGAUCAGGAGCAGGUCGUGUCCCAGACCGCCGAUGAGCUGCUAGCCAGCGUCGAGCGGUUGUCCAUCAAUAACAAGUAGGCGGAGGGGAAUGGUAUGGAACGGAAAGGAUGCCGGACGCCAUGAGGAAGACUAUCCCGAGGCGUGCUCAAAUUUUGUUUGAUGAGUUGAGAAAAAAAUUCUUGUCUCUUUGCAGUUUGUUUAUCGUUUCCUAAUUUGGCUGCCGUUGAGCUGGAGUUGGCAUCGUGCAAGCGGCUCGAAAGAGAUCCUGGAUAACAUCCCGAAUCCCAUCAAGCUGCCACAAAAACGACCAACGCUCUCACACAAACACACACAAGCACACACACCCACAAAACAAAACAAAACACAUACACAUUGUUUCAUGCGAUCUUUUUUAUUAAGUAUUUCAUAUAAGUUUCAUUGUUUACGCAAAAACAAACCACAAACAUGAUUACAUUUUAAGCUUUACGUUUAGCGCGCCAAAAACAAAUUCAAGUUAUGUAAUAAAGAUGCAAUCGCGACUCAAGUGAACACCUAACAAGAGAAAAACAAAAACAAAAUGCUACUUUACAUUUAACUAAAUGACUACAAUAAAUGAAAUUGUUAAGUGUCUAUUGUAUACUACAAAACAAAAACAUAUGCGUGUAAACAUCCUCUGAACAAUAAAAGAAAACCCAAACGGCCAUUUGACUUAAUCUGCAGAUCAAGCCGAAAUCUAUAACUAUAUAAA